UGCAGUAACCCAGCAAUGUGAAACAUCUGACUGUCAAUAUCCAAGUUGAAGACGUCAGAGGACGACCUCGCUAAAAUGGAAGAAUUCACACCGCGCUGAAACAUGGCAGCCGCACCGACGACGACAGCCGAGGACGCCGAGAACGCCGUGACGUCGUUGAACACCACGUCGCCGACGUUCGAAUGGCGCGAGGACAAGGUUGAUGUGGAGUAUUUCCAAAACGACGACACGCUGCCGAGCGUGGUCAGAUUCGAGGAGACGGACCCGGGAAAACUGAGUCCGGGUUUAAGGAUAUACGCCAAGCAACCGGUGCAGUUAUACACAAGGACCCACAAGAAAGUGGCCCGGGCCCGCACCAUCAUGAAAGACAAGGAGGGGACCUACUUUGAGGUGGGACAGACUCUCCUCAUCCCUGAAGACUAUGAAGGUUGGUUCGAGCUGGUUCCUUCCGACUUUUGUCGUGCUUCUUGCUUCCGGUCCAUUGCGCAGGUGGCGGAAGCCAUGCCCCGGAAGUUCUUCACCCGAUCUAACCUGAAGGCGAUCCGAGUAGCGAAAGACGAGAAUGGCGAACAGAAAUUCCUGGAGCGGAAGAUCUCGUCCGGUACGGUGCUGAGCGUGGACGGUCUGUUCGCGGCGAAGUGGCGCACUAGCGCGCAGACCGGGGUGUUCAAGAAGAAGAGUCAGGAGUGGGUGACGACCGAGGUGAAGUACCUCAAGUGUCUCGACUCCGACCAGAAGGAGGUGCUGCUGCCGCUCUCUCACAGCGGCAAGUUCAACGCGAUCUACGAGCGCGGCCACCUCAACCAGAACUCCGUGUACAGGAUGAAGGAUAUCGUCUGUGACCUCAAGCUGCCUAUCAAGGCUCGCCUCCUGUACGGGAAGGCCCCCGUCGUGCCGUGCAUCUUCACGGGCAUGCUCAUGAUUCGAUCCAUGAAGGAGGACGACUGCGUUGUCGGCAGCACCGUCCUCAACAAACGAAACGUCCUCUUCGAGGUUCCCGUCGACACCCCAUGCUCCGUCCAGCUGGCGGCUCGUCCCGAAGAGUUCACCGACCUGAGCUCGUACAAGGACGCCCAAAAACUGUGUAAGAAGUACGCGCUGUCAUACAGCUCGAUGAUCAAACUGUCACCCGACCUGGACACGGACCAGAAGACGAUCCAGCACAUCCCCGCCGACCCGGCGAUCAUGCGCAAGGUGGACGACGCGCUCAAAGCCCUGGACCUCAUCACCGACAUCAGUCUGACGGACGAGAGCCAGGACUACUUCAUGGAGUCGGAGACCGACUCGGCGCAGAGUGACGACCUCUUCCCCAUGCCUCUACAGGGCAGUCUGUUCGAGCUGAAGGAGUUCAGGUCCAGAGAAUCACACACCCAUGUUUAGUAUCCACUCUCAUAGCACACUGACGUCCGAGGUAACAAUAACACGUGAAUUGCCCAUACCAUACUGUCGUAACUGUUAGCAGUACAACGUGCAUUGCUAAUAUCAUACUUAUGCCACUAUUCGCAGUACAACGUGCAUUGCUAAUGCCAUACUUAUGCCACUAUUCGCAGUACAACGCACAUCGUUGAUGUCAUACUUAUGCCACUAUUCGCAGUACAACGUGCAUUGUUAAUGCCAUAUUUAUGCCAUACUUCACUACCGUGGGUAUCACAAGUAUUUCUUAUAUUAUAUUCGCGUCUUGUAGACAGACCGGGGCGUAUUGUUGAUGUCUUACAUACGUCUUCGUACAGUGACAGGUGUGUCGUGGGUUCACACAGAAACAUGGUACAGAAUGCUUUUAGAUUGGUGCUUGUGUUAUACACCGAUGUGAUCAGUCUAUUCGGUGACUGGUUUUAUAUAUUUAUACAUAGGUCUGUUAGGUACAUAUUCCUCAUGAGAAACUGACAGACAAACAUACACGUGUGCGUGCGCACAAACACACACUGAAAGAAUGAGACAGGGAGGGUGGGAGGGAAGGAGGGUGACAGACUGAGACAGAUAGACAGAGACAGAAAGCGAGAGUGAAAGAGGAUAUGCCUUAAGUGAUAUAUAGAUAUACAUAGUUGGUAUAAAGUGCUACAUAUUUGGAUGACUUUGACACAUAUCUCAUCUGGCUGUCGAAGACAGUGUUAGUAUACAAACGAUCACGUGACAGCCCAGAACUAAGUCAAAAUACAUCAGCAAAGUUUGAACGUGACAGAAGAAGGCAAUUAUAUAUAUAUACAUAUACAUACAUACAUAUAUACAUACAUAAUAUGUAUAUGUGUGUGUAUUUGUUGGGGUUUUGUGUGUGUGUGUUUAUCAUUAGUUAUCUAUUUAUACAACAGAUUAUUACUAGUCAUAUUUUCAUACUUGACGUAUAUUGCAGAAUUAUUCUUCACGAUAAAAUCCAUUCUCCAUUAAAAAGUUUCUACCUGAA